AUGAGACUAGCCCCAAGCCCAAGUCCUCCUGCAAAGUUAGAUGAGACUAGCCCCAAGCCUCAGACCAGUCCUCCUGCAAAGUUAGAUGAGACUAGCCCCAAGCCUCAGACCAGUCCUCCUGCAAAGUUAGAUGAGACUAGCCCCAAGCCUCAGACCAGUCCCCCUGCAUAUCCUCCUGCAAAGUUAGAUGAGACUAGCCCCAAGCCUCAGACCAGUCCUCCUGCAAAGUUAGAUGAGACUAGCCCCAAGCCUCAGACCAGUCCUCCUGCAAAGUUAGAUGAGACUAGCCCCAAGCCUCAGACCAGUCCUCCUGCAAAGUUAGAUGAGACUAGCCCCAAGCCUCAGACCAGUCCUCCUGCAAACUGCCCUCAUCCCGCAGACAUUGUCACCAUCGUGGCGUCGGUGGUGGUCCUGGCCAAUGGCUCCGGCGGCCAGGUGGUCUCCGCGGUCCGGGGCCUACGAUUUUUUCAGAUCUUGAGAAUGGUGCGCAUGGACAGACGAGGAGGCACCUGGAAACUUCUAGGCUCCGUGGUGUAUGCCCACAGACAGGAGCUGAUCACCACGCUGUACAUAGGGUUCCUGGGGCUCAUCUUCUCCUCAUUCCUCGUCUACCUCGUCGAGAAAGACAACAACGAGAACUUCAGACACUUCCCGGAUGCCCUGUGGUGGGGUGUGAUAACGCUGUGCACAGUGGGGUAUGGGGAUGCUGUGCCCAAGACGUGGGGAGGCAAGAUGAUUGCCUCAGGUUGUGCACUUCUAGGGAUCUCCUUCUUCGCUCUCCCAGCGGGUAUUCUAGGCUCGGGGUUUGCCUUGAAGGUGCAGCAGCAGCAGCGUCAGAAGCACAUGAUCCGUCGACGGCAACCCGCAGCCACAUUGAUACAGUGUUUAUGGCGUUGUUAUGCUGCUGAUGAGCAUUCUAUGUCUGUUGCCACCUGGAAGAUCCACCAGGUUCCUCUUCCUUCACCUCCUUCGUAAGUUACAUAUACCCUUUGUUUCACUUUCAGAAGAUGCCUGAAAAAGCUCCCAACAAAUUCAAGGAAUAAUGUCUUUGAAUAUCUAGGGCUCAGGCUUAUUGAUAUAUUCAUUAUAAUACAAAACUGACAUUAUAAUUUGAAUGGUAAACUUAUUUAUUUAUAGAUAACUAUAUAUACAGUAUUCAUUUUUUAUUGUAAUCUCUUACAAGCAAUGAAUACAGUUGGGGAGGAAAGAGAUUUGAUCUAACACAGUGAGUCCUCAGAUAUGCAGUUGAUACAAGAGGUCCAUGCCAAUAUAUGCAGCAUAAUUUAAACUCCUUUUAAUUUUGGCACUUAUCACUUUUAUGUUGAUAUUUAAAUUUCAUUUAGUUUAAUAUAAUAUUUAUUUUCUGAUAUAUCUUGAUCUCAAUAUUGUUUAUUAUGGUUUUAAAUUUUUUCUUCAUUUUGAUUUUUUAAUUACUUGUUUUAUCAUAUUCUGGUUUAAAUUACUAAGCUGUAUUGCAUUCAUUUGUUAUUACAGUACCGUACCUUUAUUCAUUUGGUAUUACAGUACAGUACUGUAUUUAUAAAUCCUGCACCAUUUGUUUGCACUAUUUAUUAUUUUUAAAACUGGCAUUGUGUGUAAUUUAAAUUACGUAUGUAAACUGACUCUUUAACACAUUUUCACUUAACUAUAUUGUUGGAAAUUAAAAAAAAAAAAAAAUCCCUUUCAAUGUCAAACUAAAAGUUGCGCAAAUGUAAUCCUUAUGCAUAACUACCAGAACCUUGUUGAGAAUUAACUGUUAAUUGUACUGCAGCUAACUGCAGUAUUAAAAGCAAGCAUUUCUUCUCCCUUUAUAAAGCCUUUGUUGUUGAGCAGACCUGCAUUCUCGUCUAAAGAAAAUAAAUCUUUGGAGAAUUAAAAAAAAAAAAAGAAAAUUCAUUUUUGUGAAAUGUGAGAGUUCCCUAUCUUUGUAGAUGC